AUGCUGCAAAACCCAGAUAUUGCAAGAGGGUUUGUGAAAGAAAAUCGCCAGAAGGUGGCCGAAUUUUGGAAGCAGCUUACUUUGGCGUUAAAUAGCGUAGGCCCGCCUGUUAAGACUGAGUUUGAGUGGAAAAAGGUAUGGACUGACCAAAAACGCUACGUACGCAAGAAGGCUUCACACAACAAAAUGCAUGAAAGAGGAACAGGAGGUGAACCCAAUAGAACACAGACUUCUUCGAGCACAGAAGAGGCAAUAUACAAACUGCUAGAUAUUAAAGAAUCUGUUGAUGGCAUUGAAACUUCCCAAUGCUAUGGUUUGUCUGCAAAAAAAGCAAGGGUCAAUCCUAAUACGGAUGACUUGUCAGAAAUUGUUGUUUUGGAUGAAGAAGAUCCUGGUAGUAGCGCGCGGGUUAGUGAACCUCCUGUUCCUCAGCAUGAAAGCGAAUAUUCACCAAAGAGCAGCAAGCAGCCAAACAGUGCAACGAAGUCCAAAAAGCAAACAAGUAGUGAAUUGGUCAUAAAAGAGCUGGAAAUACAACAAUAA